UCGGGAACUUUUCGCCAUUACUGCAGCUCAAUUCUUUAAUCCACAUCCUGCUCAUAGUUAAUCCACACCCCGCGCCACUACUCAUCAUCUUCGACCGAGUUCAUGAAGGUGAAGUGUAGCUCUCGCUGGAAGUACAUGCCGAUUGCCAUUAGCCGCUGCUGAUAUACAUCCCAACGGCCUCAUCGGCUCAAUCAGCUGCAAAGAGUACACCACACUAUAAUAGUUAUCAUAAUAACCAUACAAUAUACACCAUACGCCACUGCGCGUACAACAAUCCCCGAUCAUUACAGAAUAGAGUAGGCAACGGGAAGAUUCUCAGAGAGGGAUUUUUCAACUGCAUUCCACUGACAGACAGUUCAUACUCAUGAACUGCUGCAGCUGCCACUAGCCAUAUCCGUCCCUCCCCUGGAGGCUAGAGCUAUAUAUACCCACGGACUGUUAGCGAGCCUUCACUCCAUAUCCAGAGGCACCAAAGAAGAACAACAGAGAAGAAAAAUUUGCUGCUUCUCUUCUUCUGCUACUUCGUCCAUACAGGCACUGAUAGAGCACAAUGGAGAACAAAUCGCCAUCCUCGUGCGUCAGCCCAGCACCCACACCCACCAUGUCAGCCGGCGAGAGCAGCUGGGCGAUGCACAUCGCGAACUUCCUGGCAACACCACAGGACAGGGAGAUGGAUCAACAAGCAGCAGUCUCUGGCGGUAGCUUCUCCUCCGGCUUCUCUUCUUCCUUCGAUUCCAUCGACGAUGAUGCCUCCUUCAUCACGUCCGAGCUGAUGUGCAACGACGGCGAGGAGGAAGAUGAGUCUCUACAGGACACUGCUUGCUCUUCUGCAGCUGGCCAAAAGGUAGCUACCAUGGAAAAUUUUGAUAUCAACAUGCCCCACCUGGCCAAGUACUUCGAAGCUGUGGGUUCACAACAGCAGGUGACGAAAGUAGAUCAGCAACUGAUCAAUAGUUAUAGUAACAAUGAGAAGGCACUGUAUGAGAGUAAUGAGCUAAGGAAGAAAGGGCUUUGCUUGGUCCCUAUCUCCAUGUUGAUAAACUAUCUCGGAUGAUUACAGUUCAUGUACUACCAGUAUUCAAUGUAAUUGUAUACAAUUAUAUUAUAGUUCAUACAUCGCGCUCUUCUGUCAGCUAAGAGAACCUACU